GAAAGACCUUUAUCACCACCGGCAGUCGCCAUUUUGUUGUCUGAAUUCGUCGGUCGUAGGCCGUUGUAACACAGCAAAUCUAUAACGCUUUUAAUUGUUUUUUAAAUUUUGUUGUAGAUUAAAGGAUCAAUGUCUCGAUUUAACAAUAACCGUGGCGGCUUUGGAAUGAAUCAUUUCCAACAACGCAGAGGUGGUGGACCCGGUGGCCCGAUGCGAGGUGGGCUAAUGGGAAACCCUCAUUUUAGGAACCAUCCUUUCCAGAACCAGAACCAAAAUCGGAGAGGACAGAAUAAUAAUGCGAACAGACCCAAUCAGGGCUCUCAGACGACUCCACAGAAGCCGAUUAUCCCUCCACCGUCUCCAGGACCGGCUCUUACGAUGAAGGGUCCGAUGCAACAGCAGCAGAAACCAUCACAGCAAGAGCAAAAGCAGGCUCCGGAACAACAGAAACCGGCAACCCCAGCUGCACCCAAGCCAGAGGUCGAGAAAUCCAAGCCGGAGGUGCAGUCUUCCCCACCGAAACCAAACACACCAACCGCUCAACCUAGCCAGGCAAACGCAACUCAGAAGAACCAGAGCCCACAGCUGAAGUCACCGGGAGGAAAUGCUAACGGACAGCAGCAGAAGCAGACACCCCAGCCGAGCCCGAAGUCGGGUGCAACCCAAGGCCAGAGGACCGGGCCCCAGCAGAACCAGAAGAGCGGACCACAACAGAAUCAGAGACCACCGCAGAACCAGAGGAGCGGACCCCAGCAGAACCAGAGAGGCGGCCCUCAUCAGGGUCAGAGAAGCGGACCUCACCAAGGCCAGAGAAUGGGACCACAUCAAGGCCAGAGAAUGGGACCACAGCAAGGCCAGAGAAGCGGCCCUCAACAAGGCCAAAGAACAGGGCCGACACCAACGAAGGCCAGGCAGGACCGCGAAGAGGCAGAGAAAAUGCCCACCAACGAAGCAGCAGAGGGAGACCAGGGCCAGGAGUUCAAGGCAACACUGUCCAUGCUGCUGAAACCUGGUGAGAAGUCCUACACACAGCGCUGUCGUCUGUUUGUCGGUAACCUGCCUAAUGACCUCUCAGAAGAGAAUUUCAAGAAGCUGUUCAGCAAAUAUGGGGAACCAAGCGAGGUUUUCAUUAACAAAGCAAAGGGCUUUGGUUUCAUCCGACUGGAAUCUCGUGCUCUUGCAGAGAUAGCAAAGGCUGAAUUGGAUGACACCCCUAUGAAGGGUAGACCCCUACGUGUUAGAUUCGCCACACACUCUGCAGCUUUGUCUGUGAAGAAUCUGUCACCUUUUGUUUCCAAUGAGCUCUUGGAGGAAGCUUUCUCACAGUUUGGAAUGGUCGAGAGGGCCAUCGUCAUUGUCGAUGAUCGUGGUCGCUCCACAGGCAGGGGCAUUGUAGAGUUUGCCUCCAAACCUGCUGCCAGAAAGGCUCUGGACCGAUGCAAUGAGGGUGUUCUACUUCUUACCACGUCCCCUCGACCAGUUCUUGUUGAGCCUCUUGAGCAGUGUGAUGAUGAAGAUGGUUUCCCAGAGAAAUUGGCACAGAAGAACCCCAGAUAUCAAGCAGAGCGUGAGCAGCCUCCCCGUUUUGCUCGUCCUGGCACUUUCGAAUACGAGUACUCAAAGCGUUGGAAGUCACUGGAUGAAAUGGAGAAACAGCAGAGAGACCAGGUUGAGAAGAACAUGCGUGAAGCCCGUGAGAAACUGGAGAGUGAGAUGGAGGAUGCUUACCACGAGCACCAGGCCAACCUGCUUCGCCAAGAUCUGCUGAGGCGGCAAGAGGAGCUUAGGCGCAUGGAGGAGAUGCACAGCCAGGAGAUGCAAAAGAGGAAGGAAAUGCAGCUCAGACAAGAAGAAGAGCGUCGCAGGCGGGAAGAAGAGAUGCUUCGUAAGCGGGAGAUGGAAGAACAGAUGCGGCGUCAGCGUGAAGAGAACUACAGGAUGGGCAACUUUAUGGAUAGAGACAGGGAAAUAAGGAUGAAUUCUGCAGGCUCUCUGGGCAUGGGUGAUAUGUCCUUUGGUGCAUCCAACCAGAAGUUCUCCAUGGGUGGACUGGGCUUUGAGGGCCAGCAGGGAUUGGGAGCAUCCUCGGGAGGCUUGAUGGGCAACGAAAUGCGCAAUGAGCGCUUUGGCCAAGGGGGUCCUAGGGGGAUGGGUCCUGGUAAUGCCGGGUUCGGCCGAGUCCGUGAGGAGUUUGAUGGCCCUGCUAAAAAACCACGUUUUUAAACGCUGCUCUCUGAUUCUCCUGACGGCAGCAGCAUUUGUACAGAUUCUUCAUAGCAGACGCUUUACCUGUAUUUAAGUUUAAAUUGUUGCAUUUUAGCCUGCAUUUUUCACAAAGUCAAUAUUUUCAUUUUUAUUUUGUUCUGUCAGUAGUAGUAUGGAAAGAUCGGUCAUCCUCGUGUGAUCUGAUAGUUCUUUCUGACCCAUGUUUAAUUUCCUUAUUCUAGAUGUAUUAUGCUCUGUGAGUCUACGUGACGUGAUAAUUGUAAAAUUUUCUCUACUCAAUGGCUUUGUUUUGUGCCAUACCUUUGGAGUCUAAGCAUGUAUUACAAUAAAAAGACAUUGGAUCUA